AUGCGCGACGCGCUCGAGCGCCCGUCGUCAACCGCGGACCAAACCACCACAUCGUGCGCCCGUCCGUUACACGCGUGUUACCUCGUGAUCUCCCUGGACGCGACGAAGAGAGGAAAGAGUUACGUCGGGUACACGAUCAAUCCACCACGGAGACUAGCGCAGCACAACGGCGCGCUGGCGAACGGCGCGCGAUACACCGCGUCUCUACGGCCGUGUGACAUGAUUUUAGUCGUUACCGGGUUUGAGGACGAAGCGAGCGCGUUGAGGUUCGAGUGGGCGUGGCAAAAGCCGGCGACGUGUCGAGCGACGCGCGACGAGGCGAGAAAGAGAAAGUUGAGCGAUAGAACGACGGCGCCCGGGAAGAAGGCGGAGUGUCUGUGCGCCAUGUUAGGGUUAGCACCGUGGAGACACAUGCCGCUGACUCUACACGUGAUGAGCGAGAGCGGGUGGGGGUUGAUCGAGCGACAUCUGAGUUUGCUUCCAGAGCACGUGGAGCGAAGGCGUACGAGCGCGGAGGAGAUGGAGGCGCUGGUGAAGCGGAGCGCGAACGGAGGACGCGGGGACGACGCCGUGAGGGUUGAGAUGAGUGAAAGAGCUCUGAACGUGGACGCGAGUGGGCGAGCGAUGAGUGCGAGCGUGAGUGCGAGCGACGGGGCGAGACGAGCGAUGAAGUGCGCGGCAGGUGACGCGUGCGACAGACACGACGUCGAUAGAAUGGUUUCUUUCGAUCGAUGCGUCGGAUGUGACGGAUGCGGAGCAGUUUUCCACGCGACAUGUCUUGCGAAACAUUUCUGGUUGCGUGCGGGGGAGGCGGCGAAGGAGUGGAGCAGUCGAUUGAUCCCCGAGCGCGGGCCGUGUCCUCGAUGCACGAAACGCCUGACUUGGGGCGUGGCUCUCGGCGCGACGCGAAGCGUUUCCAUCGCGCCGAGCGACCUGAAGCGCUCGAACUGUGAGGAUCAUGAUGACGAUGAUCUUGAUAUCGAAGUCGAGGUGACAUCUGGCGUGAAGAAGCGUCGAACGACGUCCGCGCAGAAGCGAUCCAGGCAGCGUAUCCGAGCCUGGACAAGAGAUUUGUCAGACCUGGACGAUGGCGACUCGACGAGCGAAGAGCUCGCGUAUUACGCGUCGCAGAUCAGCGGUGAUAAGUUUUCUUGCUCCUAG